CGGCGCCGGCCCCGACCCGGCAGUGGCUGCGGAGCGAGAGGGAAAAUGGCGGCCGCCCCCGGCCUUGCGUGGAGCCGGUUCGUGGUGGUGGGCGGAGGGAUCGCAGGGGUCACCUGCGCGGAGAAGCUGGCUGUGGAAUUCCCAUCAGAAGACAUUUUUUUAAUGACAGCUUCUCCAGUUAUAAAAGCUGUAACGAAUUUCAAACAGGUCUCCAAAACACUUGAGGAAUUUGAUGUAGAAGAGCAGCCAAGUUCUCUAUUAGAGAAACGAUAUCCCAAUAUUAAAGUUAUACAGUCUGGAGUAAAACAAUUGAAAAGUGAUGAACACAAAAUUUUCACCGAAGAUGGGAAGGAAUAUAUGUAUGAAAAGCUUUGCCUGUGUGCUGGAGCAAAACCAAAAUUAAUUUUUGAAGGAAACCCAUAUGUGUUAGGAAUCCGGGACACUGACAGUGCACAGGCUUUUCAGAAGAAAUUGGCCCAAGCUGAGAGAAUAGUAGUGGUAGGAAACGGUGGCAUUGCACUUGAAUUAGUGUAUGAAAUUCAAGGCUGCGAAGUAAUCUGGGCCAUCAAAGACAAAGCCAUCGGGAACACUUUUUUUGACGCGGGAGCAGCUGAGUUUCUCAUCCCAAAGCUGACCGCUGAACAACGAGAGACUCCGAUUGCAUGUAAAAGAACCAAGUAUACCAUGGAAGGGAGCGAGGAAACAGAGGGACCUGCAGCAGCCUCUGACAAACUGGGCAGUGCCUUGGGCCCCGACUGGCACGAGGGCUUACACCUUAAAGGGACUAAAGAGUUUUCUCAUAAAGUACAUAUUGAAAUACUAUGUGAAGUAAAGAAAAUACACUUACAGCAAGAAUUUAUACAACUGCAACGGACUUCUUUGACUUUUCCUAAGGAUGAGAAAAAUGUAGAAGCAGAUGAGGUGCUCUGGCCUGUAUACGUGGAAUUAACUAACGGAAAAAUUUAUGGAUGCGAUUUCAUCGUCAGCGCCACUGGGGUUGUGCCAAAUGUCGAACCAUUUCUUGAUGGCAACAAUUUCGCUGUAGGUGCAGACGGAGGUCUGAAGGUCGAUAAACAGAUGCGCACGUCCCUGCCAGGGGUGUAUGCGGCGGGGGAUAUCUGCACGGCGUCCUGGGAGCCCAGUCCAGUGUGGCAUCAGAUGAGACUGUGGACUCAAGCCAGGCAGAUGGGAUGGUAUGCAGCAAAAUGCAUGGCAGCAGAUACUUCAGGGGAACCUAUUGAUCUGGAUUUCAGCUUUGAACUAUUUGCUCAUGUUACAAAAUUUUUCAAUUACAAGGUGGUGGUUCUGGGAAAAUACAACGCUCAGGGCUUGGGUUUAGACCAUGAGCUGAUGCUGAGAUGUACCAAGGGACAAGAGUAUGUUAAAGUAGUGAUGCAGAAUGGCCGAAUGAUGGGAGCAGUGCUGAUUGGUGAAACGGACUUGGAAGAAACCUUUGAAAACUUAAUUUUAAAUCAAAUGGAUCUUUCAGCCUAUGGUGAAGAUCUCCUGAAUCCAGAUAUUGAUAUAGAAGAUUAUUUUGAUUGAACAAAACCCCGUUUCCUUUUUGUAUAAAGUUUUGACACCGAGUAGUAUGUCUUGCAAAACUCUUUCCUCAGGAUUACCAGAAAUGAGGGAUAAGUGCAAUUCCUUACUAAAGAUCUUGUGUUGAUCUUGUCAAAAUACUGACCUGCAAAUUAAAUUAAUCUGUGUAGAAAUGCUUCAACAAAAACAAGUGGAUUAGCGCUGACAAAGAAUUUUUGGCUAAAUUAGACAACUGUAUGAGAACAGGGCUGUGACACUCUUAAAAAGUGGGCUUCACUGUGCUGUUAAGGUAACUCCGCAUUCGUUUGAAUGCGAGGUAGCCCUCAGUUCUAAAAGUAAACUUAAAAAUGUUAAAGCCAGUGCCUGCCCCACAGCUCCCUUUGUCCCCAGACUAUGUGUAAUUCACCUGCCGUGAUUACCUGAGCCUGGUUUCCCAAUGGCUUACUGUCCUGCAUGUUCCUCAUCUCAACCAGGAAGCCCCUCUUGAUGUGAUCAUGGAAUCGCAGAGUUGUUGGGGUUGGAAGGGACUCUCUAGAGACCAUCCAGUCCAACUCCCUGCCAAAGCAGGGUUCCGCAGAGAACAUCACUCAGGAGCAUCCAGGUGGGGCUUGAAGAUCUCCAGAGAAGGGGACU